AUGAGUGACAGUAUUAACAUGGAUCUUUGCCCUGUAUACGCGCCGUUCUUCGGUGCUAUGGUACGUGCAGACUUCGCUGGCGAAGAUCGGAAUGCUAACAUCGAUGGUGUGACGGCGGCCAUUGUGUUCACCUGUCUCGGUGCCAGUUACGGCACCGCCAAGUCCGGUGUAGGUAUCUCGGCUAUGGGUGUGCUUCGUCCGGAUCUCCUCAUCAAGUGUAUUAUUCCUGUGGUUAUGGCUGGUAUCAUUGCUAUUUACGGUCUUGUGGUCAGUGUGCUCAUUUCGGGUGACAUCAAGUCGCCGAUGACUCUCUACGCUGGCUUCAUUCAGCUCGGUGCCGGUCUCUCUGUCGGUCUCGCUGGUCUCGCUGCCGGUUUCGCCAUUGGUAUCGUUGGUGACGCUGGUGUGCGUGGUACCGCGCAGCAGCCGCGUCUCUACAUUGGUAUGAUUCUGAUUCUCAUUUUCGCCGAAGUGCUGGGUCUGUACGGUCUAAUUGUGGCCCUGAUCCUGAACACGAGGAGCCAAGAUGCUAUGAGCUGCACGCUCUAA